UCUCUGCGCAUGCUCCGCCUCGGGGCUCCCACCUCGCCUUUUCUCGCCGGAGUGCUGAUCGGGUGUUCGGACUGUAGCGGAUGCUCCGGUCCGGAAUCAUGGCUGUUGCCGUUCGAGUCGUUUAUUGUGGCGCUUGAGGCUACAAGUCCAAGUACCUUCAGCUUAAGAAGAAGUUAGAAGAUGAGUUUCCUGGACGCCUGGACAUCUGCGGCGAGGGGACGCCCCAGGUCACCGGUUUCUUUGAAGUGUUGGUAGCGGGGAAGUUGGUUCACUCCAAGAAGGGAGGCGAUGGCUAUGUGGACACGGAGAGCAAGUUUCUGAAGCUGGUGGCCGCCAUCAAAGCCGCUUUGGCUCAGGCCUAAUGGGCCCUGAGGGCAGAGUCCAGUGACCUUGGCCCAGCCCCUCUCGGCAGACGCUUCAUGACAGGAAGGACUGAAAUGUCUCGUGGACGCCUGGUCCUUCCCUGAUGUUCUCACGGCUGCCGGUUGGGGUAGAGAUGGACACCCCUGGUCUUUGCCUGCGUGUGUGGGAGUGUGCGUGUGUCCCCAGGAGUCUAACUUUGCACGCUGGUCCCGCUUCUUCCUUUCCCCCCCUGUCCCUCAUCUCCCUGCACCCCGCCAUGUCUUCCUUCUACCCUCUCGUGUUUGGGGCGGUCCUGCUCCAGGCUUCCUUUUCAAGGGGAAGCUGAGAGCGGAUCAGGAUGGAUGAGUCUCACAUUUCAGCAGUGAUUGCAACGGUUCACAGCUCAAUAAAUGUUGAUGAAGUUAACAAAA